GUUGCACAUAGGCAAAGGGGUGCAGCUGGAGUGCAAAGGAGAAGGGGACGUGUGGGUUCGGUGCCUCAGCGACCACGCUGUCUUCGUUCAGAGCUACUACCUGGACAGGGAAGCAGGACGUGCCCCAGGGGAUGCUGUCCACAAGAUCUACCCCAGUGCAUACAUCAAGGUGUUUGAUUUACGCCAGUGUCAUCGUCAGAUGCAACAACAGGCUGCCACUGCCCAAGCUGCUGCUGCUGCUCAGGCUGCUGCAGUAGCUGGGAACAUCCCUGGACCAGGAUCAGUAGGUGGAAUAGCCCCAGCCAUCAGUCUCUCGGCCGCCGCCGGCAUCGGCGUCGACGACCUCCGCCGCUUGUGCAUCCUCAGGAUGAGCUUUGUCAAAGGUUGGGGCCCCGACUACCCCAGGCAGAGCAUCAAGGAGACCCCUUGUUGGAUUGAAAUCCACUUACACCGUGCCCUCCAGCUCCUAGAUGAAGUCCUUCAUACCAUGCCUAUCGCAGACCCACAACCUUUAGACUGA